AUGGAGGGUGCUAAGCCUUAUCCCAAACCCACAUCCUCCACACACAAACUAUCUCUUACAGAAGGAGAACCCUUUAUGGAUCAAACUCUCUACAGGAGCACACUUGGAGCCUUACAGUAUUUGACUUUAACUAGGCCUGAUGUAGCAUUUAUUGUGAACAAGUUAAGUCGUUUUAUCCAUGCUUCAACAACAACACAUUGGGUGGCAUGUAAACGACUAUUCAGGUACCUUAAAGGUACCAUUACAGAGAGACUUCUCAUCAGAGCAGCAACUCAAUUAUCUCUCCAAGCUUACUCUGAUGCAGAUUGGGCAAUCUGCCCAGAUGACAGACGUUCAACAGGUAGAUAUGCAAUAUUUUUUGGGGGAAACUUAGUAUCGUGGUCUGCUAAAAAGCAACCUGUUGUUGCUAGAUCAAGCAUAGAAAAAGAAUUUUGA